CUUGUUCAGUGGAUGAUGGCAGUUGAGCAGACAUCAAAAAAGGAUUGGUACAGCAUUCUGGGGGCAGACCCAUCGGCAAGUGUGUCAGAGCUAAAACAGAAGUAUCAAAAACUCAUAUUAAUGGUUGUCACUGUGUUUUUCCACUGUCCAUGACCCGUGUUUACUGUAAUUGCUUAUGCCUGUGGCUGCCUCUCAGCUAGAAGUGAAGUCCUUAAAGUAUCAUCCAGAUAAACAAAGUACAGAUGUACCAGCAGGAACAGCAGAAAAAUGUAUACAGAAGUUCAUCGAAAUUGAUCAGGCAUGGAAAAUUCUAGGGAAUGAAGAGACGAAAAAGGAAUACGACCUGCGGCGGCGUGAAGAUGAUCUAAGAAAUGUGGGACCAGUAGAUGCUCAAAUAUAUCUUGAAGAAAUGUCUUGGAGUGAAGAUGAUCACUCUUUUUCUCUGAGUUGCCGAUGUGGUGGAAAAUACAGUGUUUCCAAGGAUGAAGCAGAAGAAAUUAACUUGAUUUCUUGUGAUACAUGUUCACUAAUUAUAGAAGUCCUUCAUUAUAACUAAAAUUAUUCACUACUUGGAAUUGUCUAACUUUGUAUUUAGAGGCCACUGGGCUUUGCAUUCAAGGAAAUGGGUUUCUUUUUGGUCAGCCUGAUUAUUUGCAAAGAAAAUAGAUUGUCAGGCAGACCACUUUAGAUUAAGAGAGUUAAUGUAGUUAUAAUUUAUAUUUACAGGUUGCCACAGAAAGGACUUAAAUUAUAAAUUGUAUUUAGUGAAAAUUUCCAUCUAAGAACUUUAUUAUUUCAUUUACUCCUUGAUACAAAAUAAGAGUUUUAUUUUGCUUAAUAUGAGCAUGUCUUCUCUUUCAGUGGGUAGCAGUAUUCCUUGACAGUUAUUUUCUGAUCUAACAGAUAAUUGUUUUUAGAUGCUAAAAUUAUAACUCUACUGUACACCUAUCUCAAAUUCAAGGGUUAAUAGAAUUAAAUUAGAAACUUUUGUGACUAAUAUAAGGCCAGUUCUCCCAUAAUGAAGAAGGCUUGUUGUGGACAUUGAUGAGGUUUUUUUCAAAGUCAACUAAAUGGAAGAAAGAUAGCUUUGGAGUCAGACUUGAUUCCGGUCUUAGCCCUGUAUUUUCAAAGUUCAUGAACACUCAUUUCCAACUUUAAAUGUACUUAAUGAGAUAGAAGAUUUUUAUUUAAAAAAAAUUGAAAUUUGUAUAUUACUUUUGUUAAGAUACAGUAUUAAUGCCUACACUUAGGAAUAAGUGGUAUAUAGUAUGAUGAAAUCUGCUUGUAUAGUAUAUUUUGACUAUAGUAGACUGUAAGUGGCAUAUUCCUUAAAGAUUUAUUUUUCUAAGUAUUCAGUAUUCUGCAUACAGUAUAAGUCAGAACUCAUUUAAUGAACUUUAAAGGAUCCUUAAUGGGAUCAAUGAAACAUUUUUACUUCAAAUGAAUGGGCUAAGCAUGUAACUUAGCAGCUUUUUACUCUAACUCUUGGGCACUGUUGGAUUAGGUUGAUAAUUAAGACUAGUUACUACUUUGACUUGUAAAUUCAUUAUAUCUCUAAAACCAAAAAAAAAAAUCAAAAGUGAGGUAGUCAUCCAGAUAACCCCAUCCCCAGUGUCUUGAACUAAUAGCUUGCAGAGUGUGUUGCUUAUUAACAACUACAUAUAACUAAAAAUGAAUAGCAUAAGUUUAUUGGUAAGUACAUGGUUUCAAUGGCAGUAAUAAAUUCACCUGAACAGGGACAAUAAUCAAGUCAAAAGAAUAAAUUUUUGCUAAUCAUCAGAAAAUCUGUGUCCAUUAGGGCUGUCACGUAGAAAUCCAAAAUCACUGAGAGGCCAAAUCUGUAAAAUAAAAAUAUGGUUGAAGAUGAUUAAUGAAAGUAAUGUUAUAUCAUCAUAUUCCCUUUCUUAUCCUUAUUUAAGGAUAUUUAAAAUGUCCUUACUUGCCAGUCAAGAAUAAAAUUAUCUGCAUCAAAAUAAGACUUUAGAAAAUAAACUUCUAUGUGUAUAUGUAUUUAAUAUCUAAAGUUUGGAACAUUCAAGUAUUAUAUAAGAAAUUAUGUGUGUUUAUUGUGUGAAUAUAUAUGUAUGAAUAUACGACCCUCUGUGUUUUCUUCUACUACACUCAAAUAAGAGUAAAUUAUACACCUUCCAUUUAAAGUGGCUAGGUUUUAAGUAGUUGAGUAUGGCAUCUGUUUCAACGUCCUUAUAUAUUCCAUGUUUGUAUUUCUCCUUACUGCUUAUGGUAAAAAGGAGCCAAUGAAAACAAUCUUCCUCAAGAAUCACCCGUUUAGUAUAACCAUGUACAUCCAUGACUCUGUACUUAACUGGAGUAUCCCUGCAUUACAGGCGAUUUGACCCUAGACUGCUUGUUCUUCACAUACUGAUUCAAAUCAAAGGUUUCUUAGGCUAUUGCUAAGGUAAUUUGAACUUAGUGGAUGAGGGUGGGGGGUAUAAUGUUUUGAAUAUAUUGGUUAAAGACUACCAUCUUCAUAAAAUGUAGUCACUAUAACAGUUAAGUGAACUGACAGUUGAAAUUUUAAUGUUCAUUUUGAGAUAAACUUUUUAAGCUCAGAGAAUAACGCUGAUGUUUUAAACAGAAAACAGUACCUUAAAGAAGAUCCGUCCUCUUAUUAGUCCAUAUGGAAUAGGUCCAUAGUACCUCGAAUCUGUAGAAUUCUGUAGAUUGUCACCUUCUAACCAAACAUGACCUGUUGGCACCUAGAAUCAGAGAAGAAAAGCAGCCCUCUUUGAAAACCUAAUUUGGGAACUAUAACUUAAAAGCAUGUCAUUUAGAGCUAGGAGGAAUUGCAAGGUUCUCUUUUAUAAAAUACAUACAGAUCCUAAGAUUUUGUUCUUGCAUUUUUCCUUUUAUUUCUUGCACAAUAUAAUUUAACUAAAUAUCGAAGGUUUUGACUUUUUAAAAGACCUAUGUUUUUUUGUCAUGUGGUUCCCAAACAUUAAUUUGUUACACAAACCCCAAAUUGAGGUUGUAAGUGAUCAAAACAGUAUGACAGGGUCAUUAAUUUAAUAGACUUCAAAAGAGGUCAUUAGGAUGCUGACUGAAAAUGUACCUUUAUGUCUCAGUAACAGCAUAAGCAGGGCAGCCACUCACUCAGCAACAUCCUGGGGCCAAUACCAAGGCCAGACCUAUUAGAAUGCUCAUGAUGAACUAAAUGGUAAUUGAUUGUGACAUCAAUUACAAAUAAUCUCAUCAUUUUAUUGGAGUGGGCUUGUCAGAAUUCUAAUUAAGAUUCCCUGUUCUGCCUUUGUAUAGGCCAUAUCUUCAAUGCAUUAUACUUCUAUAAUGACCAUGAAGAACCAGAAGGACCUAUUAUAAAAUCAUCAGUUGUAAAAUUAAUGACGGUGACCUUCUACUAAAUGAAAAGACCCUAUCUCCUAUAUGUCCUAUAUAUUAACUGGUAAAUAAGUUUAAGUUUUUACUCAAUGACAAUUAUAAGCCUAUUUAGGAUAGAACGUGUUCCUUUAUAAAAAAUAAAAAGCAUUCUAUAUCUUUGCCUAUUAAUAUUUGUUCAAUAUAAAUUUAAAACAUUACUCUCCAGCAACAAUCUUUAAAAUUGCUUUUUGUAAGUUUUUGUUUUAUUACCCAAGAAAGUUAAAUUGUUGACCAGACCAAAGUGAUCUAUUGGGAGGUAAUUUAUUUUCACUAUCCUUUUGGUUGGCUUUUACUUGGGAAUCUUAUAUGAAGAAAAUGUCAUUAUUUGGGUUUAAUAAGAGAGUAAUUUUUUAAAAGUCAUUUCUUUGAAAAAUUUAUACAAAAAUAUAAAAUUUUAAUUACAUAAGAGAUUAUGCAGUUCUGGAAUGUCUUGUUUCAUAGAUAUUUACAAAAACCUUCAAGUUUACUCCAUUUAAGUACACUUAAAAUUUUAAAUCUCUAUUUCUAGAACGAAGGCAUACGUUUAUCAGAUAGUAUAAGAUCACUCACUUUUAUUAGUGGAACUAGUUACAAAAGGAAAGAAGAACAAAGUAAUGAAUUUGGAAAAGCCGUAUGUAAUUAACAUUCUGAAGUAUUACUUUGAAAGAUCUUCACCUUUCUUUCAUGUUUAAAUAUCCAUAGUUUCUCCUUAAAAAGUAUUUCUAAGUUCUAUUAAAUAUAGGUAAUAAGGAGGGCAUGCUAGAUGGCUCACACCUGCACUCCUAAGACUUUGGGCAAGAGGAUAGCAUGAGGCCAUGAAUUGACACCAGCUUAGGCAAAUACAGCAUGAAAAAGUAAUAGGGACAUUAGCCCUUCGUGAUACAAAUGGCAAAUAUUGCCAGUUUGUCAUUUAUCAAUCUUUGCUUUUUACGUCUUCUGAAUUUUGAAUCCUAGCUAGGCUUUCACGGUUUUAUUUUCUACAUUUAACUAUAAUAGAACCUCUAAAUUGACCACCCAGGGGAUGAUAGCAAACUGAUCAACAUAUGGAGGUGGUCAACAUCAGGAACUAGGUCUAAUGUACUAAUAACAUACAUGUGGUAUGUGUCUGGUCUAUGAAAAUUAGGUCACCUUAUGGAGGGGGUCACUGUAGGAGAUGGUCAACUUUGGAGGUUCUAUUGUAUUUUAUUUUUUUGGAAUACAUCUUGACAGCUAGUGUAAGGUUUGGAAUGUUUUAAUUUUUGUAAAUUUAAUAGUUAAUGUAGUGCCUUAGUGAUUAUUGGCGUGGUGGAACAUUAUUCUGUGCAUGUUUCAUGAUUGUACUGCAUCACAGUGAAUAGUCUUUAACCAUAUACUAAUCUUUGGGAUCUCGAUUUUCUUAUCUACCUUCAAAUGUUCUUCAUAUAAUAAAGACCUGGUUUAUAUAUUUAUACAAAUAUUCUUCCAGCCUAUUUCUGUCUUCAUUUGUGUUCCACAGUUUCAAGUUUUACAAAUUAAAUAUUUAUUUAUUUAU